AUGAUUCAAUACAUUUUAUUAUCUAUUUAUUUAUCAUUGUCCAUGUCUUUAACAAAUGGUAUUACUUGUACAGUAUGUUCUAGUGAAACAAGUUCAGCUUGUGCCGAUCCAUUUGAUUCAUCAAAUGCAUCAUUUCUACAAUUAUCAGGUUAUAAUUACUGUCAAAAAAAUGUUUUUGCGAAUGGUCUUAUUACGAGAUUUGGUGAGUCGACCUGUUUAACAUCGAAUCUUCGUGGCAUUACUACUGCUUAUUGUUGUUCGAAUCGCGACAAUUGUAAUUAUGCAGUAAAACUCAGAUCAUCUUUGUCUAUGAGCAUAUCAUUUAUCAUUAGUUUUAUGUUUUUUAUCAAAUUUGUUUUUCAUUGA